UAGAAAUCCUGUCGGAAAAACCGUCAACAAAUUGUUUUAAAAUCGAUAACAUCGAUUGUUUUCGGUUUCGUUUACAAUGUUUUCAAAAAUGAAAACAUUUUCAUCGAUUUCGAAAACUUUUGUGUUCGAAAACGCGACUUUUUCCGUCAUCCUUUUGCGACGCGUAACUACUGUCAAAACGCAGCCCAAUUCAAAACGUCAACUCUGCUCUCGUGACAGUUUGUUUAUAUUUUCAAAGUUUUUUUUUAUGUUUUCGGGAGAAGUAACCGGAGGACCGGAAAAGUUCACGGUGUUCCCGAGGGUGUUGGUGAAAUAAAGUGUACUUUGUGCUAAAUGAAAGCACCAACAUGUGCUGCCGAAGUGUCCAGUUGCUAACACCGCCAAGAAAGUCGUUCCGGACCGGGUCGAAGUUAAAAAGUGCUUUCGGAAGUGGCAAAAUCACCUGCCCGGGAGAAGUGAAAGGUCGAUCCGCACCGCCAGCCGCGAUUCUCAACAGUGAUCGAAAGGGCCAGUACGGUUCAGUUCAGAAAUUAAAGACGGAACCGUUGCUAAUGGCCGCACUCGAGAAGGCGGACAGCGGAAUAAGUGCAUCGCCGGAACCUCUUCCUCAUCCUUCUGCCCCACGGCCGAUGCGGAAGAAGAUGUUGUUUAGCGAGAAGAAAUCAUCAGCCGCCGCUGCUGGUGCGGAACGACCGUUGACUUCUCCCGGACAGAUGAUUUUGCCACUUCCGAAAGCACUUGUGAAUUUCGACUCGGUCCGGAACGACUUUGUUGGCGGUGUUUUCAGUUGGACACUUGGGUAGCAAUUCUUCUUCUUCUCCUCCUCCUCCUCCUCCUCCUCCUCCUCCUCCUCCUCCUCCUCCUCCUCCUCCUCCUCCUCCUCCUCCUCCUCCUCCUCCUCCUCCUCCUCCUCCUCCUCCUCCUCCUCCUCCUCCUCCUCCUCCUCCUCCUCCUCCUCCUCCUCCUCCUUCUUUUUUCAGCGGGAAAAAAUCUUCAACGAGCCGUUGAAACCCUCAGAAAGUUGGCUGCGACGCCGUCCUCUUCCACCAGAUCUCCAGCCACCUCAGAUUGCACCACGACGGCAAGAAAAGCUGCCCGGGACAAGACGCAUCAACCCAACUCGAACUCCGUCGAGCAUCCUGGAGCCGAUAGCGGUCAAGCUUCGGUCCUGCAGAAAGCGCUGAACACCCACAAACACACACCACAUUACACUCUACCACCUAAAAUUUUAAAAUUCUAAAAUUCUAAAAUUCUAAAAUUCUAAAAUUCUAAAAUUCUAAAAUUCUAAAAUUCUAAAAUUCUAAAAUUCUAAAAUUCUAAAAUUCUAAAAUUCUAAAAUUCUAAAAUUCUAAAAUUCUAAAAUUC